AUGACCAGUUUGAUUCUCAACCCUGUGAAAGACUUGAAGCCAUACAAGUCGAAAUGGAGAUCUCAAGUGAAAUUGCUACAUUCUUGGCAACAAAGAACUUCUUUCGCUGGAGAGACUCUUCAGAUGGUUCUAACAGAUGAACAUAUUCAUGCUACAUGCAAAAGGGAGCACAUCAAAAGUUUUCAACGUAAACUUCCUCUAGGAAAAUGGUGUUUUCUAACUACGUUUUCUGUCUCCCAAGCAACAUGCAAAUAUAGGCCAACGAGUCAUCCUUACAAGAUGACAAUCGGUGAUGAAACUGUUAUAACACCUUCUGGCCUAAUGGAAGAUAGCAUCUUCUUGGAUCUUGCCAGAUUCGAAGAUAUCUUGGAUGGGACCUUAAAGCCCCACUUCCUUAUUGAUGUGAUGGAGAAAAUCGUGAGCCUUAAACCAGUUAAAACCGUGCAAGUGAAAGGACAGGAUCGGAAGGUUGUACAUUUUCGUUUGGCUGACUCAAGUGGUAAUGAACUUGCAUGCUGUUUGUGGGGGAAAUAUGCUGAGCAAUUGGAGGUUUAUGAUGAACGUGAACAACCACUGAUCUGUUUGAUCAGGUUCGCUAAGAUUUGUUUCUACCAAGGUGAGGUGCAAGUAACAAAUGCAUUUGAUGCAUCCAUUGUUUAUCUUGAUCCAACUAUGGAAGAGGCAGUGCAGUUCAAAGAAAAGCUGAUGGAAGACAACCUCCCUCUUGCUGUUAUUGAGAAAAAAAUGUAAAAAGAGAGGUCGUUUUACAAGAAGAUGAUUGGAA